AGGUACUGGACUGGAGGCAACAGAGACCAAAGCGUCAACAGAUAGACAACAGACAUCCCUUCCACAAAUGGGCCACAUCAAGUAGCAUAACGCCACCUUCAAUCGUUACCAGCCGACCUUGGUGGUUUUUCAACAUCCAGACCAAACCAAGAGACUUACCAUCUUCCAUCUUUGAGCAGUUUUGCACAUAAGGUCAGAGAAAAUGGCGUCCAUUCCAUCUAGCGGUUCCCUCAUUGCCACCCAUGAUUACUACAGAAGGCGUAUAGGAUCGACCUCGAGCAACAGCUCGUGUGGCAGUUCUGAGUACACAGGGGAGGUCAUUCCACACCACCCAGGGCUCCCCAGACAAGACUCUGGCCACUGGUGGUCCUCUUUCUUCUUUGCCAAACAGAACCAGCCCGGCAUGCAAAAUGGAUCAGAGUCUCAGAAGACUGGAACUUACACAGUGACCAAUGGUCAGGUGACAUGUAUCGCCAGGGAGAUGGUUCUGAAGAGGCAACUAAGCGAGAGUAGUGACUCUGGGAAGAUGGAACCUGGAUCCCCCCCUCCAACAUCAUCCUAGGAUACAGCCCCUCUCCCCAGAACCCUGUCUUCCUACUGCCCAGCAUUGUGCCCCUUGUCACCCCAAACUCACAGUCUAGUCUGGGAAAUGGUGGUGACUGAGACUCCUUUUUUUAUACUUUUUGAUUAUGGAGGUUACAUCUCCUCAGUGUAAUAAUGCUUAGUAUAUAGUUUAUUUUUCAAAAAAAAAAUCUGAAACUUAAUAAAACAAUUUUACUAGUUUUUUUCUGCUAUGUUUUUUUUGUUGUUGAAUAAACGGUACCUAAUACCA